UGCACGCCCGGCCCCACCCCCGCGGUGGGUCCAGGCCCUCCUAGAGCUGGCUCAAACUGGAGAAGCCAGCGAUAGCUGCUCCGGCCGGUGAACGGCAGCCGGCCCUGGCCGCGGCCCACUGCUCCCCGCCCCCGGCUUGGGGGUUUCCCCUUUCCCUGACCUCCUGCUGGUCGUCAUCACCCCUAGCCUCUCCGACCGAGCUCGGCGCCCCAGAGAGGAUUAACACGCCCUAUCCAAGGAGAGAGCCGCCUGCAUGGGCAGGGGCCACAGGCUGGGACACUCCUGAUGUCACAAGUGAGCAGCAGAGUGACUGACCACGGGCAGUCUCUCAGCCUGGGCCCCCUCAACGUCAGCAUGAACUCCAAGAUCCGAUCUCCUAGGGACUGGUUCAGCAGCCAACCACCCACCUCUCAGCCUGACCUGGAGCCUGGCACAGAUGGGCCAGCCUCUGAGACCACCACCCUCAGCCCAGAAACCACCAGCUUCAACGACACCAGGAUCCCUGAUGCGGCUGGUGGCACAGCCAGUGUGGGCACAAUGCUUCUGUCCUUUGGGAUCAUCACAGUGAUUGGCCUGGCUGUGGCCAUGGUUUUUUACAUCAGGAAGAGGAAGAGGCUGGAGAAGCUCCGCCACCAGCUCAUGCCCAUGUACAACUUCGACCCCACGGAGGAACAAGAUGAACUGGAGCAGGAACUGCUGGAGCAUGGGCGGGACGCUGCCUCCAUGAAGGUCACUGCCUCUGUGCAGGCCACGCAGGGCAAGACUUCUCUCCAAGUUCAGGGCCCACUACAGAGACCCAGCCGGCUGGUAUUCACUGAUGUAGCCAACGCCAUCCACGCAUGAGUGGCCUGGGGACAGUCCUGGCCCGCUGACGAAGACGCCACCAUAGUGCCCACAGAGCUGCCCACUCCAUGACGUUAAGAUCUACUCUCAGGACCUGCCCUGCUGAAGACCCAGCUGCUGUGAGGACUCACCUACUGGCUCGACGGCCAGUAGGCCAGGCUGGGCAUCUGGCCACUGAUGUCCCCUGAUCUGAGGGCCCUGGUGUGGAAGGCAUCCUUCAUGCCAUGAAGGUCGAGAGCACUGAUCCUUGUCUUCUGCUGGGAUCCCUCACGUCAGGGUCUGUUUCUCUGAAGUGGGAGAAAGGGGGGCGGGGGGGAAAUGUGCAGUGGGAGGGAGAGGGGUUCUCUGUCACAGAGAGACCUGUCCUCUGGGGUGGGGAGAAGCACCCACCCAGACCUCUGGCUAGGGUGGGAGGGGGUGGCUCCCCAAGAGAGGCCCAGGGAUAGAGCGGAAACUUCCCAGUGGGUAAGGACACCAGGAGGAAAGUUGCUCAUGCCCAAGAUCAUCAGCUCACCUAGUUCAGCUCAGGGCCCCCCACUGAGAAAUGUGCUCUCUGCAACCCUGAGGAACCAGCCCUUUCUAGACACCUGCUCUAACAGCCCAGAGGCUCCCUGGGGUCUCCCCGGUACCUGCUGGCUAGGCCCAAGCCAGAACGGAGCCGGCCAGGAAGGAAGCAUGAGAACAGGUUGCAGAGUGCCCUGAACUGGUAAGAGGCUGUGUGCACAUGCACACAUGGGGCAGGAGGGACACCCCCGUAUCAGCUCCGCCCGCCAAGUCACCCCACCUCAUCGUGUGCAGAAAAGCAUCAGACAGGGCCUCCUUCCUGCCUUCUAGCUCAGGGGCUGCAGGGAGAGGGAUGUGCCCACUGCAGCUCUUCGCGGGGCUCCAAAAGGCAGGUCACCCACUUCCAACUGUAGCACCCUGCCUUGCUGUGCAGUGGCUCUGGGGAGAUACUGGGAGAGAGGCCACUUACCUGAGGACAGGGACUGCAGGCUGCUGGCUAGUGAAGGGAUUCUGACCAUUUGAGGCAGUGGGCUAGCCCCUUUGGGACAGACCUCAGAAAACCAGUGUUUCCUGAUGGCAUAGCCCAUCCAGCCCUUAUCUUCUCCCCCAUGGUCCUCGGGAAUUCUGCCAAUCUGGGGCAUUGGGCAAGGCAUUCACCCAAGCCAGACCCCAAGAGCUGGGCAUCUUUUCUCCACUGGGCACGCAUGCACACAGAUGCAUGCACAGUAGCAUGCCUGCCCAGCCUUGCACCAUUGCUGCCCUUGCUGAUUGGGGGAACUUGGGGGUGGCAUGUACAAAUCUUCUGUUGGACUAAUACCACGUGUCAGGAUGUGAGGGGCUUGGGAGCCCGUGUGGGGAAGGUUCUGGACUAUUUCCUCCUCUAGAUGCUAUAAAUACCUUAGCACUUGAGCUGACUGGAGGGCUGUGGGUAAUUUAGGAUGCACAGAAGCUGUAAUUUAACUCACAGCAUCUCCAAGUGAGCACAUUAAAGAUGUAAUUAAGAUGUUUACA